AUGUGGAUUCAAAGCUUGGAUCUUUCCUUCAAAAUUGUUUACCCAAAAUGGGAUUUAGCAAAUGGAUACUUAAUAGGUGAAAUUUUUAAUCGAUAUUAUCCUGCAGAGAUCAAGAUGAGUUCUUUCAGUAAUGGAAUGUCUUUACAGAGUCGACAGCAUAAUUGGCAUUGUUUGUCAAAGUUUUUUAAAAAGCAAAGAUUUAAUAUUCCUCAAGAAUAUAUUGAUGGAACAAUACACUGCAAAGAACGCUACACAGUCCUAUUGAUGCAAACGAUCUACACACAUUUAACUGACAGAAAAUGGAGAAGUGUGGUUGUGCACAAGUAUCACCAUGAUCUGAAUGAUUUUGCUUACCAGUUAAAACUUCCUUUGCAUGCAAGGUCUACUGCUUCAAAAGCGGUAAAAAAUAAUCUUGCUCAUACAGAAGUGUUGGCCAAUAAAAAUCUGUUGACAAAUGCCCAAAAGGCUCAAGGUAUAAUUGAUUCUCAUAUGGAAAUGAGGUUUCAGAAGCGAAUUGAAAAUCCACUACGAUUCCAUAUACAGCCAACCUUAGGCCAGUUAAGUGUCAGGAUGUAUAAUAACCCUCUAAAAGCUGAUAGAAAAGUAUCAGUUUUCAAAAAAUCAGUUGACAAGCAGAAAGAUUCCAAAGUUCGAUUCAGGGAAAUCAAAGUAUUGCAACCAAAUCUAGAAGAUGAAAAUUAA